AGCAACCGGAUCGAGCUGGUCCGCUCAUCGCGCGUCUGCCUCCGUCAACUUUUGAACGCAGUUGGCAAAAUAUGGGGUGAAGUAUAAGUAGAGGAAUGGCCCUCAAAAUUCAGGUUCUAUAGUAGGCGAAGUGUUUGAGCCCAGCGUGCCCGCACAGAUCGGACGACAGUCGCUUCCAUCUAGGAAUCCCGGUUUCCGUCACCACGCCAAGAUGGCGGCCACACGCGCGUUCACUAUCCUGGCUCUCGUCGCCAGCUUGAUGUCGCCUGUACGGGCCGAGGACAUGGACAGUUGCGGAGAGGCGAGCUACUUCCCCUCCGAGUACACCUGCUACGAUAAUAGCACUCUCUGUCCAAUAACGUUCAACCUCCCAACCGUCCCCUGCGAGGGCGCGGGCGGCUGCUACGCAAGCGAGAUGUUCUCCUGCAAAGAUGGCGAGCUAGAAACGCUCCCGGAAGCGACAGGACCCUUUACACUCACGGCGCAUGGAAUGCGACCAGCGUAUCAGAACCUGACGGUGAAGGCGUGCGGGAACUACCUGGCGAUCGGCGCCAACGCGCGAGAGUGUACUUCGUGCGCUGGGGCGGGACCGGAUGUGCAGUGCGAGAGCUAUCGGAACAAUACUGUUCUGCUCCCUAACGGAAAGAUGUCGGUCGAUGUUCCAGGCGGUCAGUACUGGUAUGUAGACCCGAACAACGGCCUUCUUCAGUACACCGCGGAUGGGAAUUCGACGGCAAUCAAAUGGGCGGGACAUAACGUCACAGUCUACGAGGACGGCUUUUUCGUGUACGACAGCAUGCCGCAUUACUGGCUCGCCUGCUUGCGGACACUGCCCGGUGGAGUCCCCGGGACGGGCAGAACUUACCGCAUUUACGCGUCGACGUUCUCAAACUUGGAGAGCGGGGAUUGCGAGCCGAUUAGGCUGGCUACGAAAUCAGUCGACAAGACGGAGGGAGCUUACAAGUACCUGUAA